CUUGGAGUUGGUGUGGUUGCUAAAAGUACGAAAUCAAAUUGGCGUUGAUAUUCAUGACAGGACGGCAUUUUUAAGAAAAGUUGCUGCUUAAAUUUAUAAUAUUAUAGUAGUUCAAAACAAAGGAAAUUAGAUGUUGCUUAGACAAUUGUUAAAUUUGCUUAUAUAUGAAGUGACUCGGAAAUAUUUCUGUGACUGUUAAUAACUCCGCUGUUAACGAUGAGCAGAAGUGUUUUGUUGUGCCUACCCUUCACAGUAUUUGGAGUUCUUUUAUCAGGUUCCAGAGCUCGUGCAGAGGACACACCUCCCCGCAUCGUCCACCACCCCUCUGACGUAGUGGUGAAACUCGGGAGUCCCGCCAGACUCACCUGCCGGGCAGAAGGCAGCCCAAAGGUGAUCAUAGAGUGGCUGCGAAAUGGACAGCCUCUGGAGAUGUCAAAGGGAGAUGGACAGCUGCAGCCCCUGGUUUUGUCAGAGGGGAGCCUCUUCUUCCUGAGUGUAGGAGUGGGCAAGCGAGGACAGUCACACGAGGGGGUCUAUGCCUGCGUGGCCAAGAACAGUGCAGGCAAGGCCACCAGCCAUAAUGCAACACUGCAUAUUGCAGCAUUGGAGGAGGAGUUCAGUGUGCAGCCCAGUGAUGUGGAGGUUUCAGAGGGGGAUGUGGCUGUCUUAAAGUGUGGCCCUCCAAAGGGCCGCCCUGAACCUAAUGUCAGCUGGAAGAAGGAUGGUUUUCCUAUAAACAACACUGAUCACCACUACACUGAGCUGAGUGGAAAGCUUAUCAUCGAUCCUGCAGAGAAGUAUCACUCCGGUGCUUAUGUGUGUGUGGCCAGCAACACUAUGGGAGUGAGAGAGAGCAGGGCUGCUCGUCUCUCAGUGUUGGCUAAACCAGUGCUGGUGCUGAAGCCAGAAAAUGUGUCUGUGAGAAUGGGGGAGUCUGCCCAGUUCUAUUGCCAAGCUAAAGGUGACCCCCCGCCUGCUGUGGUCUGGAGCAGGGAGCAAGGGUCUCUCCCCAAUGGCAGAUAUCUAGUAAAUCCGGACCAGACACUUCAGAUCCAUUAUGUGAAAGCUCAAGAUGCUGGGAAGUACAUCUGCACUGCUGCCAAUGAUGUAGGUGAAGUCACAGCCAGUGCACAGCUGCUAGUUGAAGAGGCUGCAAGCACUAAACAGAAAGACCUCCACAAAGAGCUGUCAGCUCUACGAGUUUCUCUGGAAAAUGUCACCAUCAUGGCCCCUGGGUCUAACAUAUCCCAAGUACAGUGGAAGCUGCAGUCCUUCUCAGGCCAGCCUCAUUACCUCGAUGGCUUUGAGGUUCUGUAUCGCUCUCUGCUGCCAGCCAGCUCUGACUGGGCAGCAAAGAAGGUGAUGCUGCCCAGCUUCCAGACUCAGGUGGGCCCCUUAAAGAGAGGCUACAAAUAUGAGUUUAAAGUUCGUCCUUAUGGCAGCAACUUGUAUGGGAGGGAGAGCAACACUCGGCACCUCAGAGUCCCUGAGACAGUGCCCAGCGCCCCUCCGCUGGCUGUGUCCAUAACAGUGAGCCAUGAGCAGAAUAACACCAUCCAUUUGAGCUGGGAGCCUCCUCCUCAUGACACCCACAAUGGUAUCAUACAGGGUUACCAGGUGUGGUGUGUGGAAUCUGAGGAGCAGCAGUACCAAAACUGGACAGUGAAUAGUGGCCAACACAACCUUGACAUCUCUACUGUCAAGCCAGGGAAACAGUACUGGAUCACUUUAGCAGCUAUCAAUGGAGCCGGAGUAGGAAUGCUCAGCGACCCCCAUGGAUUUGUCAUCAACCCACAAAUAGGCAAUCCUCCUGAAACAGAAGACCAAACACAGGAUCUCUCUCAGGUCCUGGCCCUGCUUCAGGACCCAGUGUUGAUCGGCAGCAUUGGUGCCCUCUUGUGGUGUGGUUUGAUGGUUGCAGCUGUCUGCCUCUUCAAACGCCACAGCAGGACAGGCCGCCUGUUACCAAGACAUGGCAGGGCUAAAGGUUUGCACAGACUAGCCAGUGAAGAUCUCAUCAUAAAACACAGGAUGGUAGCUCCAGACUCCCCUUGGAUCUCUGGUGGCUGGAGACCUGCCCUUAGCCACAAGUAUCAGGACUUAUGGGCCAAAGGUCAGAGUCAUCCAGGAAUCAGGAGCACCAGCCUUCCAGUGUCAUCCAAGAAGGACCCCAGCUGCCUGGACUCAGCUGUCCCCAUUGUGACUGACAGCUGUGGUGUUUAUGGCACUUUUUACAUGGACCUGAUGGGCAAUGGCCUCAAGACCUUCAACAGUCCUGGGCGUUGCCCUAAAAUGCCUCAUGGUCUCCUCCAUCAGCAAGGAACUGAGACCAUCCAGAUAUUCACUCAACCUAUCGCAAAGACCUCAUCCCUCGGUAACCAGGAGGUGCUACCAUGGAAACAAGCCAUACGCCCACAGCCUAAGAUGGGUGUGCUGAGGGAGUCAUGGGAGAAGAACCACAGCAAGCAGGAGUUGCAUGCAGUGAACAGUGUCCCCAUAAUGCCAAUCAGGAACCAGGCUUGUUCAUCCAACAUCUACAAACAGAGACUCAGUCACAUACCAUCAGGCCAGCACGGUGGACACCCAGAGUCUAGUAAAGUCACUGGCUGUCCCCGCCUACUGCAUUACUCUGCAUCGUUACACCUAGUGGACAUGCUACCCCCACCACCACCAUUGCCCAUAGAGGACACCAUGGACACACACAGCCUCACCUCAGAUGAAGGGUCCAGUCGUUCUACAAAGCUAACAGUGGACAUGGGCUCUCUCCAGUCAGUGUGUGCUGCAUCGGGCCACCACUGUGGCCAGCAAGGACCCACCACCACCAACGGCAACAGCCAUCCGUCAACUGCAUCAUGUUACAUGUCAGUGGAUGACGAACAGGGCGGCACGCUGACGGCAGAGGAAGCCACUCAGUACCUGGAGCUCAGUCCUAAACCUGAGAGAUGCAGCAGUGCCCUACCUGAGCAGCGUCCCUCCCUUUCCCACCCCUUCUCCAGCACCUUGGGCUACAUCUGUGGGCCGGUCCGGUCCACUCAGCUGGAGGAUGACCUUGCCACCAGUGAGCUUGAAGCCCCACCAAUUGGCUUGCGACGUGCCCGCCUCCAGAGCACGCCUUCUUCCUGCUACAGUGAAUGGGACAGCUCACUGUGGAACACCUGGAGCUCAGUCACUGAUGGCAACAUGGCCAGCACGCGCACCAGCCUCAUCAGCUCGGUGGACAGCUGCUACACCAAUGACAGCACCAACUUCGCCCGCUUGCUGGCUGUGGCAGCAGAGACCAUGAGUGGAGCCUCCUUGUCAGACUUCUCUCCGCCAGCGUCCCCCCUCAGCGCAUUGUAUCCCUCAUUUCGCGUAGAAGGCGACUCAUUCGGGGAGCUUGAGCCUGUUCCUGCGUGGGACUGGAAUAUGGCCUGGGUGGAGGAAAUGGAGUCUAAGUACAGAGCACACUAUCCUGGCAGACACACCAGACCCUUCGACACUUAGAGACAGUGCCAGAAGAGUAAGAGAGACAACGGAACUGAAUUGUGACGACUUCAGGAGCGUCUCAAAGCGAUGCCAGAACUGCAAGGCUGGAAGGGACAGAUGUGACACUGCAGCUGUUAUUGAUUUACUUCUCUGAGAGUGCCAGAAAUAAUUUGGAGAUGUGACUAAUGCAGGGUUUCACGUGUAGUGAUUUCUCCAACAAGAGUAGAUAUGAGUCUGGAUUUUGUGUAUAAUUGGAACCAACUUCUAGAUGUUUGAGACACCUCUGCUAGUAAAUGCACAUGUGUUAUCUGUUUUCUCAGUAUACCUCAGGGCAGUCCAGCAACUAUUUUGUAUCCUUCAAAUGACUUCCAUUGAGUUUCUAAAGUUUUUUUUUAUCCCUCUCUGUAUCUUUUCCUCUCAUUAAAGAAUAGGAUAAUGAGAUACUUCCCCAGGGAUGUUCUCACCCCGUGUGUUUUGAAAAGGCCAGGAAGACACAAAGACAGGAUAUGAGACAGUGAGAAAGCAGUCAUUACGGUAGGCAGAGUUUUCCUCACAGCCCUUAUUUUUUCUUUUGUUAUUUUCAUAGUGUGUUUGCUUAUUAGAGCUGAGGUCCUAGCACAGACAGAAUAGCAUAGUGAUUUUGUACAAACUGUUUUACUGAUCAAGUGUAAAUAUGCAGCGUUUUCAACAAAUGUUAUUUAAGGAAUUUUGAACACAUUCCAGACCAUUUUCUGUCUCCAUGUUUAUUUUGGUGAUUUCUUUUGCAUUCUGGAAAUUAUUUUAUAUUUGAUGAUUGUUUUUGUCUUUCUACUACCUUUAUACUACCUUUUCCACUAUUCAGAAUUCCUUUAUUUUCAGAAUUCCUUUAUUUAUCCCCGACGGGAAAUUCUAAGGCCUUUUAAAUGUAAUCCAGCGUUUGCAUUAGACACAACAUUCUGUAGUUCAGAAUAGCACAAGUAGAAAAUGUUCUUUUUAAAAAGUCAUUAUGUUCACAUAUAAUUGUAUUAACUUGAGAUUUUAUCUUUGAAUAACAUGAAUGUUAGUAAUUUUUCAACAGAAGGUAUUGUAAAAUCAAAAGUGCUGUAUGCAUAGCUUAGUCUUUGCAUGCUUGGUGUAUUUUUUAUAUACAGAAUACUGUAUAAAGUAACUAAUUUGCAUUUUAUUUUGUUCCCAUUACAUUAAAGAUGAAUUUCCUAGUUUUUAAAAAAAACAAAUCUUUGUAUUGAUUGUUUUCUAAGGCCUUCUGGAAUUGGAUUUGGGUUGAGUUCAAGCUGAGUUAUAUUUUAAAAUAACCACUGCACAGGAUGUAUCUGCAGUGUCUCGUCGAUUGUGGAGAGUUUUAUUGCCUCGCUGUUUCGCCUUUCCUUGGGAGUGUCUGUGGAUGAACUGAAGUAUCUCUGCAUUCCACACUGUCCCUUUGUGGCCUGGGGGCAGGAUUUUAAUUGACCGUUGCUGUUCUUAAUGACUGUGUGGAGCAGGAAGGUGAUGUUUAGAACUCAUCUGUUCAGUUUGAUUAACCAAGGCGAACAUGGCUGCUUUACCUGAUAAUGACUUCUAAUUACAAACCAUCAGAGGAAAUAAUUACGCUUUAAUCUAAGUUUGUGUUUAUACAGAAACAGGAAAAGUAUGAUUUAUAAGUGUGUGUGUCUAACUACUGUUUCCACUCCUAAGGAGGAUUUCAUGUUGUUCCCCCCAGUUUAAAGCAGAUUAUGUUCACACACUUAUGACUUUCAGUCAAACCUCGCCUGGGAUGUCUGAGUAUUAAGGGAGGAAAAGCUGUUAGGCCCAGCAGAUAUUCUUACAGUAAAUCUAAUAUGAUUCCCUCAGUGACUUUGUGUUCAGGAUGAGUGUUUGUCAUGCAGCUGCAAAGUAAAGCACUCUCUUUCUCAAAGUAAUCCGUGUCUUAUGUGUGGGCUGCUAAGGUCAAUGAGACGAAGAAUGUUGAACUGAGAAAUGCUUUGCUGUCUGUUUCAUUUAUAGGCUGCACAGGAGCAGCCAUGCCAGUAUCAGAAUUUAUGUGUGGAGCAUUUAAAAACCAAAACCAGUCCAUAAUUACCCGAGUUGAAAAAAAAACAAGUAGGGAUGUGAGGUACAGGGCUAAUUUUUUUUGCCUUUUCAAAAGAGGUGCAAACUUUGUUUCUGCGCAAAAAUAUGAAAGCAAAAGCUUUUAUCGUAGCUUUUUUUUUCCCUUUUUAAUUUCAUUUAUGGAGAUCAACGAGCCUGCUUGAUUUGUGGUUUCUUUCAGAUAAAAUCAAGGCGGACCUGAAAUUAGGAGAAAAGUCAAAGGAGGCAAAAAACAUCAAUAAUUAAGUCAAACAGGCUUUCUUGCACUAAAAACAAGCUUUGAACUAUUAAACUGCGUCUCACAUUUAAAAUACUAGUAUAUGCAAUGCAGCAAGCACUGGAUUGUGUGUGUGUGUCUGUGUAUGUCUGUGAGUGUGUGCAUGUUCAUGCCCGUGCACACGUUUGCAUGCAUACAUGUGUGUGUACUGGUCUGCCAAAGGGAUUAUCCUUCAUCUGUCUCCUCCGCUAAAGGCCAUAUGUUUCCACACAAAGCUUACAGCUCCUCUGAGCAGCAC